AUGGGGACUGACGAUGCCAUUGCCCUUUCUAAUAGCACGCUAGAGCCGCGUACAGAAGCUAAACAAAGACUAUUGUCUAAGGGUCAUCAAGUGCCGGCAAAAGAAACUAGUCCAGCAAAAGAUGAGACUGGUAGUAGCGAUGACGAUGCACACGUUCCAGUGACAGAAAUACAUUUGAAAUCUCAUGAAUGGUUUGGCGACUUCAUAACGAAACAUGAAAUUCCCCGUAAGGUGUUCCAUUCUUCCAUUGGUUUUAUUACUCUAUACCUGUAUACACAGGGUAUUAAUUAUAGAAAUGUUUUAUGGCCUUUGAUAUAUGCUUUCAUCAUAUUGUUUAUUUUGGACCUAAUAAGACUAAACUGGCCCUUUUUCAAUAUGCUUUAUUGUAGGACUGUGGGUGCGCUAAUGAGAAAAAAGGAGAUCCAUACAUACAAUGGGGUAUUGUGGUACAUCCUUGGUUUAAUCUUUUCUUUUACUUUUUUCUCUAAAGAUGUUACCUUGAUAUCAUUAUUUUUGCUGAGUUGGUCCGAUACAGCCGCCGCAACCAUUGGAAGGAAGUAUGGUCAUUUGACACCCAAACUGGCAAGAAAUAAGUCCCUUGCAGGUUCGAUAGCUGCAUUUACGGUUGGUAUUAUCACUUGCUGGGUGUUUUAUGGUUAUUUUGUUCCCGCCUACAACUACGUCAACAAACCUGGUGAGAUUGAAUGGACUCCAGAAACAAGCAGAUUAAGUUUGAACAUGUUAUCUUUGUUCGGUGGUGUGGUUGCUGCUUUGAGUGAAGGUAUCGAUUUGUUCAACUGGGAUGAUAAUUUUACUAUUCCUGUCUUGUCAUCACUUUUCAUGAACGCAGUAAUCAAAACUUUCAAGAAAUAA